AUGGAUAAGAAGAAUCAAAUUAAGGAAUUGGAAAAUGAAAUUCAGGAUAAAUGGUCACAAUUAAUUGAAUCAUAUUACAAUCCAUUAAUAAGGAAAGCACAUCUAAAAAGUGUUCAAGAAAUAGCCAAAUGUUAAGAUCAAGAAUGCAUAGAAUAUUGGUUGAAAAAGAGAGAAGCACCAAAAAAAUAUUUAAAAAAAGUCACCAAAACAUAUGAAAAUGGAAUAGAGGAUUGUUUAUUCAAUUGCAAAUAUUCAAUGGCUCUAGAAAUGGACGAUUGUUAUAUUGAUUGUUUCUCAAAUAUUAAGAAAAUAGUUGAUAAAUUACAUUAAUUUUGA